CGGAAGGGGUGACGCUGCAAGUUCCGUCUUCCAGGGAAGUGUUCACAAUCAGAAUAUGGAAGUUAUGAAACAGGGAUUCGGGAUGGGGAUGCACGGGCCGCUCAAUCCGGGACAUCACAUUUCCGGCCGCUACUCGCCGCCCUACCGGCCGCCAGAACGGAUGCGCUGCAUGACUUCCGCCUCGGGUAACUUUUUCGGCGGCUUCGAGGAUGGACUUCUUGCGCGGGCGGAGGCGCUUGCUGAUAUGUCCAAGUCUCCUCAGCACAUGAAGCAUGAGGGCAUGUAUGGACAUCCGGGCGGUGACAUGGGCAUGCACCAGUCGGGACCCUCCCGUCAGCAGAUGGGCAUGGGGCCGCCUUCGUUUGGGCCGCAUGACUCCAUGCUUGACCAGCUGAGUUCCAACCACGGUAUGCCGCUUCCGGGUAUGCCUGACCACCAUAACAUGGUGCCCGUGAGCUCGCACCACAAUCACCACCAGAUGUAUUCGCCAAUGUAUUCUCACCAGGCGCCCAUGCCCCACCCACACAACAUGCCGCCCCUCCACCAGGUCCACCACCCUAUGCACGACACCGAGUGCGACCCCAGGGAACUGGAAGCGUUCGCCGAGAGAUUCAAACAGCGCCGUAUUAAGCUCGGAGUCACGCAGGCGGAUGUUGGUUCCGCUCUGGCGAAUCUUAAACUUCCGGGAGUCGGGUGUCUGAGCCAGAGUACGAUCUGCAGGUUCGAGUCACUGACUCUGAGUCACAAUAAUAUGAUUGCGCUGAAGCCGAUACUGCAAACGUGGCUCGAAGAAGCGGAGAAAGCGGCCCGUGAUAAACUGGAGGCUGAGCAAAAUGGACUUAUAUCCGGCGCGGAUAAAAAGCGGAAACGAACAUCAAUCGCAGCGCCGGAGAAGCGAUCUCUGGAGGCGUAUUUUGCGGUGCAGCCCAGACCGUCUGGUGAAAAAAUUGCUCAAAUCGCAGAAAAACUUGACUUGAAAAAAAAUGUUGUGAGAGUGUGGUUUUGCAAUCAAAGGCAGAAGCAAAAACGUAUGAAAUUUUCAGCUGUAACGGGACAUUGAGUGUUCGAUUUCUAUUAAACUAAAAACAGGUCACACAUUCGGGAAUUUUGAAUCCGGGUGUCUGAAAGUGAAAACUAGUCGCUAACUAGUGGGAACAGAGAAGUGAGAUUUAUUAUUAUAUAUAGUUAAAACUUGUGUAUAUAUUUCACAUUCCAUUAUUCAUAAUAUAUUUAUUUGUCUCAAGUGUGCAAUUCACUGUGCAAUGAAGUGAAAUUAGUUGUUUGCAACCAGGAUAUAAGUGGUUUGCAACCGCAGCUCUCUGUGGAAUGUUUACAUAUACGUCCCUAGUCAUAAUAACGGACCUUUCACUGUGCGACUGGAGUGUAAA